GCAACAGUCGUCUGAAACAUUACCCGGAGCGAGCUAAGAAAAGAAAGAAAGACAGAAAAAAAAAACCAACGUCGUCUUUUGGAUGGUGUGUGGAAAACAAGAUUUCGACUUCUUUUUUAUGAUUUCCAACCCCUGAGGGAAAUGUGGAUAUUGUAGUAAAAACGUCGCGACGAUAUAAAAACAAAAAACUUGUUGUUUUAGCUCCUGUGUUGUUGACAAACUAGCCACUGAGCUAGUCCCUAAAGCUAUAGCUGCGUUACCAACUUUUUACUCUCUUUUUGCUGUUUUUCUGUAAAUGUUUCCACGGAAUGGACCACAGCUUGAAGUACUCUUGCAAACAUCUCUAUGAAAUAAAAACAGAUCUCCAAAGGCUUACAAUACAUCAGUCAAACAUGUGAACCCAGUUCUUCCAUCCCUGUGGACUCCCCAGUUACAAGCCGUGAGGAGGAGCAGGACUACAGGAAAACGUCUUGUAUCCAGCCAGAUGACAAAAUUCUAAACUGAAGUCUAUGUGCGUGACAUAUUUUCUCCAAGGACACAAACUGAGCAAGUUCUGUGCUGCGGUGAAACCCUCGGCACCAUUAAAACAAUCUAGUGCUCUUGUCAUGUGGGUACAUUACAGAAAAAGGCCCAUAUUAUUACCCUCACUGGUAUCACCGCCUUUCACGUCACAAUGGACCGGAAUAAACGCAACUCCAUUGCUGGGUUUCCUACACGACCUGACCGCCUCAAUGAGGACAGAGAUGGUAUCGGAGGGGUAGGGGUCUGCGAUAUGGGCAUGGGCCCUCCACCCCCACAGGUGGGCAGGGUUUGGCCUUCAUCCUACAGAGCCCUCAUCAGUGCCUUCUCCUGUCUUACGCGCCUUGACGACUUCACCUGUGAGUGGAUUGGCUCUGGAUUCUUCUCUGAUGUCUACAAGGUGUGUCACCGGGCGUCAGAUCAGGUCAUGGCCCUGAAGAUGAACAAGCUCAGCAGCAACAGAGCUAACAUGUUGAGAGAGGUCCAGUUAAUGAACCGCCUCUCACAUCCAAACAUACUCAGGUUUAAGGGAGUGUGUGUUCAUGAGGGCCAGCUUCACGCCUUGACGGAGUACAUCAACGGUGGAAACCUGGAGCAGCUUCUAGACAGCAACAAACACCUGAGUUGGCCUACCAGAGUGAAACUGGCCUGCGAUAUUGCCAACGGUCUGGCCUACUUGCACUCCAAAGUCAUAUUCCACCGGGACCUAACCUCCAAGAACUGCCUCAUCAAAUGUGACGACAACAACAGCUUCACAGCGGUGGUGGGAGACUUCGGCCUGGCAGAAAAGAUCCCAUCUAACCAUGCUGAAGGAGAGAAGCUGUCAGUGGUUGGAUCUCCUUUCUGGAUGGCUCCUGAAGUCCUGAGAGAUGAAUAUUACAACGAGAAGGCUGACGUCUUCUCUUAUGGUAUCAUCUUGUGUGAGAUCAUUGCUCGGAUUCAGGCCGACCCCGACUUCCUUCCCCGCACAGAGAACUUCGGCCUGGACUAUCACACGUUCCAGCACAUGGUCGGAGACUGUCCGCCUGACUUCCUCCAGCUUGCCUUCAACUGCUGCAAUAUGGACCCUAAACUCCGUCCGUCCUUCCCAGACAUCGUCAAACACCUGGAGAAGAUCCUCGCGCUGCUUAAAGUAGAAGAGAUGGAGCACGAGUGUGUCCCGCUCAGCGGAGACAACAACGACAAGAAGACCAUACCCAAAGGUGAUAAGAUCCAGGGCUUCAAGCGACUCAACCCUCUCGGUUUCCAGGACGACAAAAUCCCUCCCAAAUCCCCACGGCCCAGACGAAACAUCUGGCUCAGCCGCAGCCAGUCAGACAUCUUCUCCUGCAAACCGGGAAGAAAAGUCAACGUCCAGGACCCUUACUACAACCCCCCCACCCAACAGCACCAGCGAGCCUCCAAAGCUCGUAAGAUCAACCCUUUCACAGCCCGAGAGGACCUUUGCGGGGGCAAGAUCAAGUUUUUCGACGUGCCCAGCAAAUCCGUCUUCUCGUUGGUGUUUGACCUUCACUCGCCGCCGGGGAGCGUGUUCAGUAACCUGCCCCCCCUUCACGGACCCGGGGGACCCCAACAGGAGACGUCGUACUACUGGCAGCAGCUGCCAGGGAGACAGUGUCACUCGUUACCCGUGUCCCCACAGCUGCCCCGCUCCGAGGUCUUCCAUGUCACCACUGCUGUGAGCGCCAACAACAACGGUUCUCUGACCUGUAACUCCAGCCAGCUGUCCUCAACGCUGCCAGCAGCGAACCCGUGGUCCGAGUCGGGUCUGAUGGGAAACGACGUGCGACAGAAGUCAGGGCAGAACAGCUGGGGGAAGAAAUACGUCGUGGUUGAAAUCCCACCUUACUGCAGGCAGAGAGGAGGGGAGGAGGAGGAGGAGGAGGAGGAGGAAGAGGAGGAGGAGUUGGUGGAGUUGGUGGAGGAGGAUGCAGCGGUAGAAGGGAAGACAGAGAGGAGUAAGGAGGAUGCAUUUGGGGAGAGCUGGUCUCCGAUGAACCCUAUUAGCGAGAGAGACAAUGGGGAGGCGAUGGACUGCUCUAGCAGCCUGGAGGAGGAGGAGGAGGAAGGAGUACGAGGGACACACGCCUUCCCUAUGUAACACACAUGGAGGAGAUGGAGGAGGAGGAGGAGGAGGAGGAGGAGGAUUUGGAGGUUUUCGGACUAAAGAGACAGACUCUAACUUCCAGAUGUGAGGACACAGAUGUGGGAACUGGCUUCUAAUAAUAAUAAUAAGACUGAGAAACUGGACACAUUUCAAAGAUGUUUUUUUUUUUUUUUGUAAAAUCUAACAAAAGGAAAAUAGAAAAAGAAAAAAAGAAAAGCUAGAGCACUUGAUUUUUUAUCUUUCAAGUGAAUGUAUGACAUGUUGAGUAAAAUCAAGCACACCUGACGCAGAUAAAGAACUAUUUUUCAAAGAUAUUUUAACCAGGUGUGACAGAACAAGUCUCCAGUUAGCACAAAUAAAGCUAUUAUUAUUAUUAUUAUUAUUAUUAUUGUUGUUGUUAUUAUUAUUAUUAUUAUCGACACACCCGGCAUAGAGAUUAUUUUUUUGAAAAAGGUUGUUUAUAUUUAAUAUUGUGAGAUGAUGUAGAUUUUUGUUUUUUGUUCCUUUUUAAGGUUUCUUACAUUAGAUGUCUUGAUAAAGGGGAGUACUGAAGAGCCCUUGUGUUGUGUAUGUGUGAGUGUUUAAAAAAAAUCCUCUUCCCAAAAUCCUGAUAUUAAAUCAAAGACAUUCGAAAUUAGUACGCUGACAUUCAUUUGAGAAAUUGUAAUGAUUUUAUAAUAAAUGAUAAAAACACAGAUAUUCAUGAGACAUUAAAUAAUCUGAAGCCGUUUUAAAGCACCACAAAAAAAAAAAAAAAAAA